ACACGAUGGGCACCAAGCAGACCAAGGGCUGCCAAGCGGGCAGCGCUGCCGAGAGCCCCCUGGCCCAUCCCCGCAGGAAAGCGCCGCCCAGGGAAAGGGGGGAUUUCCUCGCUUCCCUCGUGGUGAAGUCCGGCGAGAAGUUCGGGAAGGGCGGAGGGGGCAGCCUCCCCCCUUACCACCGGCGGAUCUGCAUGAUCCAGGACAUGCUGGUGCUGGUGAAGCAGGGGAAGCAGGAGGAGGCCACCGAGCUGCUGAGGCACCUGAGGCAGGAUUUAGGAAUGGAGUCGACCUCUCUGGACGAUGUCCUCUAUCGAUAUGCCAGCUUUCGAAACCUGGUGGAUCCAAUCACUCAUGACUUGAUCAUCAGCCUCGCUAGGUACAUCCACUGCCCCAAACCGGAGGGGGACUCCCUCGGGGCCAUGGAGAAGCUUUGCCGGCAGCUCACCUACCACCUCAGCCCUCACUCGCAGUGGAGACGCCAAGGCAUCAUGAAGAGGAAGCCUCAGUCCUGCUUGAAAGCUGUCCUGAUGGGAAAGCCUCAGGACAACACGGUGGACUUGUCGGGCAUCCCCCUGACCCUCAAGGACCUGGACCGCGUCACGUCCUACCUGCAGCACAGCUCGGAGCACAUCGACACGGUGGAGCUGUGCUUCACGGAGCUGACGGAUGAGAUGCUGCUGCAGCUCCUGCCUGCCCUCUGCAUCCUGCCCCACCUCACCACCCUCUCCCUCAACGGCAACCGCCUCACCAAAGGCAUCCUAAGGGACCUCACCGAAGCCCUCAAGGACCCCAAGAAGUUCCCUAGCAUCACCUGGAUCGACCUGGGUAACAACGUGGACAUCUUCUCCUUGCCUCAACCCUUCUUGGUGAGCCUAAAGAGACGGUGCCCCAAGCAAGGGAACUUACCGACCAUCCUGGAGUUCGGAGAGGGGCAGGUCAGUGAUUUGGAGAGCCAGGAUGGCCUGGCUGACAGUCAGGAGGACCUGCAAGCUGGAGCAGACAAGACUGACCCCAUAGGCUUGCAGCAGAGAGAUAGAACAGUCGAGGUUGGGGAGCUCCCCGACUGGGAGCAAGGUGCUGCUACCCCACAGACAUGAUGUCUGGCUCUCUUGGGUGGGCACGGUGAGGAAGGAUGGCUUACAACUGAGACCUUGGUGAUGGAGCUUGAUCCAUUGAGCUUCAGGAGUCCAGCUUGCUGCCUUUCUCCUGUUCCGUGUGUGUCAACUUGUUUUUUCCUUUCAAAGAACACAUAAAGGUGAUCAUGUUGAAUACUUGUGUCUUAGGGAAGCUGGCCUCUUUAAACACGAGGGAUGUGCUGUGCUUUUUAACCUCUCAAAAACGCAUCUCCAAGGUGGUGGAAGAUGAGGCUCGUAGAAGAAAUAGAGGGGAAGAAGUGCCCAGCCUUAGCAGAGAAGGACUCCCUUUCCUU